AUGGCAGGGAAAGAGGAUACAACACCUGGGAUUACUGAGUCUGAGGAGUAUAUUAACUGUACUAUAUGCUCUGAAGCAGAGAGGACAACUGUGGCCCUCAAAUAUUGUGUGGACUGUACAACAUAUGUUUGUCAGGACUGUUUAAAUGACCACAACAAGUUUGCAGCAUUACGUAAACAUCAGAUUGUGGAGAUCACAGAAGUUAAUGAGCUUCUAGGUGACACAGAUCAAGUCCAGGGAAAAAGAUCAGUGGAAUGUGGAAGUCAUUAUGAACAAUACAUUGACGGAUAUUGCAAAAACCAUGAUGAAGUGUGCUGCAGUGUUUGUGUGGCAAUUAAACACAG